UCUGCGGCUGUUUCACUAAUAACAAAUUCAAGAUGUCUGCGCCCAGCAAGAAGAAGAAAACAAUAUCCAAAGACGAACUUCGCCGGUUAAUGAAACAAACUAAAUCUAGUUCUAAAAAGGAAAUAAAACGCAUAGAACAUCAAUAUGCAAAAUAUAAUAGCCUGGGUCAGUUGUUAUGUACUUUAUGUGGAACAAAUAUCAAAAGUGAAUUAAUAUGGCCUACCCACUUGCAAAGUAAAUCUCAUAAAGAGUUUGUUAUAAUAUCUAAAUCUAAGACCAAUUCUAUAAAACGACCUAUAGCAGAAUCGGCUGAUGAACCACAUUCCAAAAAAUCUAAAGAUUCGAAAGGCAGUAAAAGUACAUCAUCAGGGUUACCUCCAGAUUUUUUUGAUAAUAAAGCAGCCAAAACCAAUCACCAGAAUAGCACUGCAUUAGCUGCUUAUUCUUCUUCUGAAGAUGAAGAUGAAAAACCACCACAGAAAACACCUUCUCUGCCUUCUGGUUUACCAACAGAUUUUUUUGAUUCUGCACAAAUGACAGAGGCAGCAGAGAUAGAAGAACCAAAGAAGAUAUCUGAUGUAUUACCAGAAGGCUUUUUUGAUGAUCCUAAAAUGGAUGCUAAGGUUAGAAAAGUAGAAUAUAAAGAUAAAAUGGAAGAAGAAUGGGAAAUGUUUCAAAAGUCUAUGAAGGAGGAAGCUCAUGUAUCUGAGGUAAUUGUAGAAGAAGAUGAUGAACUGGCUAAUUUUGAUAGAAAUAUUGAUGAAAUAGAUGAACAAAUACAAAAAUUACAAGAAGUUAAUGAUCUACAAAAUAAAAAAGAAGCAAUUAUGAAAUGUGUAAAAGAUGUGAAAAAUAAUGACAAUAGUUCCGAUGAACUUGAUGAAGACGAUAUUAAUGACUUUUUUGAUUGGAGGUCAAAAAAAUCAUGGAAGUGAAACUUGUAUAAUACCUCCAAUGGGAUUUUUUAGUAAAAUAAUAACUGAAUAUGGUGCAUUGCUCACAUGGCACUACAAGUUAGCUGUCUGGUCAUACAACAUGUGAAAUGAGGAUUGGUUUCUAUAAAAUGUGGAUAAUAAACUACUCAAAGUGAAGACGAAAUAGAUGAAAAGUGAAAGAAUAAAAAUUAAAGUUCGAAUUGGUUGUUUGAAAUCUCAGUAAUGACUGUUAAGUUUGUUAUCUUAUGUAAAUAUGAAUGAAAUUUCGACACAUAAAAAUAUAAUUAUAUUUUGAA